AUGAGAGACAACAGCGGCGGAGGACGUAAUGAUGUGAUCGUCAUUUGUGAGGGAGAGGUGUGCGACGUUGAGAAAGAUAAUGCUACCACUGUUCAUUGCGAGUUGUACAUUCGAAGUUUUGGAUCCAUCAGCCCGGUUACCAUGGAUUACGAGGUUGACCUGUAUUUACGACAAAAGUGGCAAGAUGCGAGAUUGCAACACAAAGACAUAACGGAAUCACUGGACCUAAAUGAUCCGAAUUUAGUCAAAGCCAUCUGGAAACCUGAAGUUUACUUUCCAAAUGCAAAACACGCAGAAUUCCAAUUCGUUACUGUGCCGAACGUGUUGAUACGCAUCAAACCUGAUGGAGACAUACUUUAUAUGCUCAGAUUGAAGUUGACAUUUUCAUGUAUGAUGGACCUGUCUAAAUUUCCAUUGGAUAACCAAAUUUGCACGAUGGAAGUGGCCAGUUUUUCAAAAACUAUUGAAGAACUUCGAUUGGAGUGGAAAAAUACGGAUCCCGUACUAAUGGCUAAAGGAUUAAGAAUGCCACAAUUUGAAAUUGUAGACAUCGUGCCUUCCGACUGUCAAGAAUCAUUUCAAAUAGGCAAUUACAGUUGUCUGGUGGCCCAGUUCUACCUGAGCCGUAGCGUGGGUUUCCAUCUGGUCCAGAGUUAUCUGCCCACCAUGCUGAUCGUGGUCAUCUCCUGGGUGUCGUUUUGGAUGGAUGUCGACUCGGUGCCUGGCCGGACUACGCUGGGAGUGACGACGCUGCUGGCCGUCGGUUCGCAAUCUUCGGGUAUCCAAAGUGGUCUGCCACAAGUCAGCUACGUUAAGGCUAUAGAUGUGUGGAUGGGCACUUGUACAGCGUUCGUGUUUUGCGCACUGCUAGAAUUCACAGUCGUCAACUAUAUGUGGAGAAAACUAAGGCCAGACAUAUUGCGAAACAUAUUAACAGAACCGGUGAACGGUGGCACCGCGGGCACAAAACCGUACGACGAAAAUCUACCCUCGUCGCCGGUCAUACCAGUCAGCGUGGUCAAGAAGAUCUUACAACAAGAGUGCGCCUACUCGACGUCCGCGGAAACCAACACGGUGCUGGCGAGGAAGAUCGACGAAUACUCCAGACUGCUGUUCCCGGUCGCGUUCAUAGCGUUCAACGCGCUGUAUUGGCCGUAUUAUUUGCAAAACUAA